UUAUUAAAAUGCAUAACUAAUAAAUUUAGGUCUGCUACACUUUUCAGGCAUUUUGUUUAGAUUUUUUUGAAUGAAUGGACCCAAGCAGAAACCCAACUUUUCACAACAUUAAAAUGUGACAAACACCUUAUAAACUUUCUGUGACAAUGACUGCAGAUAAUUCGGGAUUUUGAAGCUUGUCCAGGUUACGUUUCCCUCAAACCAUAUUGGUAGUUUGGUCCACUUUGUCUGUUAUUAAUGUUGAUUGUGUCUGAUGUGCUCUGUGUUACAGUGGUACAGAGUCAGUAUGGCUGGGGAGUGACGUACACUUAUACUAAGAUCUGUGCCUUAAAAGGAUCAACAGUGGACAUAAGCUGCACCAUUAAAUACCCGUCCACAAUCAGUUACCAUUAUAUUACUGCUGGGGAAACAUUCUGGUUUAAAGGUGAUGAUACUGUGGAUCUGAAAACAAAGUCAGAGUAUUCAGGUCGUGUGGAGUAUAACUGUCAUAUGAACUUCUGCUCUCUGAGAGUCACAGACCUGAGAGAGAGCGACUCAGCUGAGUACAAGUUCAGGUUCAUAACAAACCAACCAGGUGGGAAAUAUACUGGUUUACCUGGAGUCACUCUGUCUGUCACAGAUUCAGAUCUCCAGGUGCAGGUGAGCAGAUUUCAGGGGUCUACUAACUGGGCAGAGCUGAAGUGUCACAGCAGUUGUCUUUCACCUGGUCAUCAUUACUACAUCUGGUACAAGAAUGGACAGAAUAUUUGGAGACAAACAUCUUAUUCUUAUUCAGCCUACUUUGAUCCUGCAGACAGCUUUUCCUGUGCUGUACGAGGAUAUGAGAAGUCCCGCUCUCCUUCAGUGUGUGAGUUUACAUCCAGUCUUCCACUGACAUGACACCAUCUGGUGGAGCCUUUAACCUAUUGUACUGCACAUUAACUGCAUGUAACUCAGUGGUAUUUGGUGAUUCAUUGUAGAACUGGAUGAAAACCAAAUCAUUUCCCCAUGAGAUUGUAGACAUGUUGCAUAAUUAACUCUUAUUUUCUGUCUUCACUGUAAAAUAACUCACAAUGAAAAUGUAUUAAAACAAGAUUUGUUAUCUUGUAAUUAGACUGUUUAAAUUCUCUGGAUCAGAUCAAACUUGUGCAUCAUCAGAGAAAUUCCCUGAUUAUCUGUUCUUGUAUCUUUAAUGUAUCAAAGUGUUCAACUUGUAUCCAUGGUAACAGAAACCCAUGCUGUUUCUGAUACACGAGGAAAUCAAGCUGCACCACCGAAAUGAAAUAAUGCUCCACUGUGAAAAUUCAACCUCAUCUUGAAAUUAAAUGUUAAAAGUGUUCAUGUUUUCUCCUCCAGAUGCUCCAAAGCUUCCCUCUGUGUCAGUGAGUUGU